GGCAGUCGAUGGUCCCCACAACCAACCAGCACAGUCUGGCGUGCUAGCCCGGUCUAACGUCGUCGUCCCAAGUCAAAGAGUCGUGUGUCGAAACACAACAACGGUGCCCCGUUGUUUGAGGCCAGCAGUUCGCCGGAGUUCUACGGUGCUGAUAGUUAGAUGCUUGCUUGCAAGAUUCGGUCAGGUGGAAGAAAGUGACGCGUGAGAGUUCUGGACGUUCUACGUGGAGGUGGCAAGUUCCGGGGAUCAGUGAAAGUGAGGAAGAUAUCCCAUUGGAAGACUUGGCGAGUCCAAGGAUAGUGCUCAAGCGGGACAAAACUUUCUUGAUGGUCCAACCUAAAUGUGCUAAAGAGUGAUCAAUAUUCACAUUGAUGCCCAUUCAAUAAACGUUGUGCAAAAGCUGUGUGCUAACUUAUCAAACUCAAACGAUUGUUUAGCACAACUCGAAAUACGCCUCCUCUAAGCCGAGAUCUGCGUUUUGUUUACAUCACCAUCGGCGAGGCGUGACGCGCGCUCGACGGAGGCGAACAUUUUCCCUAAGAAGAGCAAUACCAACAAGUCGACUCAACCAAACAACUAAACAGCGCCAUUUUUCGCGGUUCACGUGUUGAAGCCAUCACCUGGAGUGUGGGGGGGAAAAAGGUCGGAGGUAACCUAAAAUUAGUCCAUUGUGUGGUGCAAAAUUCAAUAGAACUGGAAGUUUCCUUGGGUGGAGCGCAAGGUCCAUUCAGAGUUUUUCCUUCGAAGUGAGAAUCACGAAGAAGAAUUUUCGCGCAAGAAAGGCGAUUGUGAGUGUUUUGUGUGUGUGUGCUUUUCAAAGGUGAUUAGUGCGCGAAAAACAAGUACCAGACGACGGCGACGACGUGCGAGGGAGUGUGAAACGUUUCGUGAAUUCAUUCAUGAAGUUUUUUGCAACAAAUACUUCCGCUUGAAGACACGGUUGCGCUACCAACUGGGCUAAGUCUCAUUGCCGAAGAAGAAGAGGAGAAAGUUGUCAUUGUGUGUCAGUGUACUCCGGUUUUUUUUUCGGUGUGUGAUAAAUUAGGUCGAUUUUGAGGAAAAAGCAGCAGACACGCUUUUCACGCCUUGCUAGCUGUCAUCUCGAUUGCCUUGCUGUCGUACGUGCUUCAUACUGUCAAGAACCCAUCGCGAUGCAACUAACCUCAAAAGGUAGCAACGCCAACUAGGAUCGCCGAGGAACCUCAACUUGCACGGGGAUCAAAAGUUAUGAACACUUUGGAAGCGGGUUUGAUUUCUGCUUGAGGAGGAAGACGCGUGAGACGUGACACGUGGUUCCGUCAUCGCGGUAGAUGUUCUGGUCCAGAACUUUUGGGAGAGAACACAACUGAGAGUGCGAGAGAGAGAGACUGAGAACUGCAUUUUGUGCAAUUGCGCGCACGACGGUGCACUCCUCGCGAAGAGUGCAUCCCCUGGUCCACAAACGCCGCUGGGACGACGUGGGGAGGAGGUUAAGGGAAGGGUUGCCAACCCAUUUUUUUGCUGCUGUUGUUGCCUAGUCUAGGAAUUGAGCCGGAGCCAAAAUGCUCUCCUACAUGCUACCAGUUGAGGAAAAAUCGCCCUCAGUGACGGCGGCCAGUGCUGCGGCGGCUGCGGCGCGAAAUCUAAGCUUAAAUCUGAACAAUCCGGCCAAUCCGGGUUCCGGCUCGGGUGGUUCCUCGUCCAAGCAGUUCAAGGACACGAACGGCAGUGUUGCCAGUAACGGUGCGAACGGGCGCAGUUCCGUGACGACGUCAUCUUCCGGCAAGGUCAUCAAGUCGGCCAUCAAAACAAACCAUCGGUAUCAGCUGGUGUCCUCCAGUUCGUCGUCGGUGGAGGAAAACGGCGGUGGUUCCGGUUCCGCGGCGGGAUCCGCCGUCACCAACGGGAAGAAAAAGUUUGUCAAACGUAACGGCGCGGAAGAACCGGUGCGUAACGGGGGUAACGGGGUCAGUGUCGCCGCGGAUGAUCUGAGUGAUGAGCACACCAGCCUGCUUGGAUCCGGAAGUUCCAAGAGUGUCAAGAGUGAUAAAAAUUUCAACAACCUGAUCGUGGUCAACGGGAAUGUCAACGGCGGUGGCAAGCUCGCGAGUGUGUUGAAGAAGAAUGGUUCCGGGCACGGUUCCGGAACCACCACCGCCACCACAGUUGUAAACGGGGAUGGUCCGCUGAAGGUGGUCACGACCACCAACGGUUACAGUGCGGUCCGCAGUUGUGAGCAUGACGAAGACGACGACGACGUCGGCGAACCGGAAGAGGAAGACUAUCCGGAAGAAGACGAAGAGUACGACCUGGUCGCGGCCAACAACCGGAAGAAUACGAGCGGAAUAAUCACCGCCAAAAUGAGCACCAGUGCCAGUGUGACGCGUAGCUUGAACGGAAUAAACGGGAAUUCCGGGGCCGGGGUUCCGCAGCCCCAACCGCAGUCCUCGGUGGAAACGCCGAGCAGUGGGAUUAUCGUGGACACCAGCGAUGCCGACUCGGAACAGACGGCCGUCAGUGGUGUUAGUGGAAGUGGUGGCGGAGGCGGAGGUGGAGGAAAGAAGGUCAAGAUGAACAAGCUUGGCGGCAGCAAGAAUGUGACACUCAAGAGGGUCUCAUUCGGCUCUUCCAAGGGCUCGAUGGUGGAAACGCUGGUCUUCGAGACCCCAACGCCGCUGCCGGAGCACGCCGAGCGGGAGUUUUUCCACUCACCGGCGGUGCUGGCCGGCGCCGGCACCACUGUCAACAGUGUCCACCACUAUCAGCAGCACCACCACCACCAUCUUCCCCACUACCACCACCCGAUGCAGCAGCAGCAGCAAGGCCAGUCACAGCAAUCUGACAGCAGCCUAGCGGGCCUGGAUGAUAGUGGAAUCGAGCUGCAGGAAGAGUAAGUAGUGCC